AACGUAAACAUUCUCAAAGUCUUUGUAAUUUGUCUGAUAAUUAAGUGUUAUUAAAUGGCUCAAACCCUUUUUAUCUGUGUCAAAUAAACAUAAAACCGCCUAAACAGGCCUCAAAAUGUAUUUUCCUCUUGGAUGGCCACGUAAACUGUUAAACACCUCCGAAACUUUGCUCCAAAUCGCCUGCGAUCGCGUCAAAAUCCUCUUUGCCGUCCUCUCCUCCGACACCCUAACCAUCUGGUACUCGAACAAGCCCUGCGUGCCGAUAAUUUCCAUCAAACGGAGCACAAAAUGCCUCACCCGCAACGGCGAAAAUGUCCUCGUCGAAUGGAAACCGGAUUCAACGAAAUUGGCAGUUGUCACCACGGGCGGAACACUCUUGAUUUACGAUUUGGAGCUCGUUGAAACGGCAAAAGGCAUUUACAACCAACUUGAUUCGCAAUUUUCGAAUUUACGAAGGGACAGUGCCGAAUUGUUUAUUAAGGAAAAAGUUCCGUCGCUGAAAUUGACGCUCGCGAAGGAAGUUCAGUUGUUUGUUCCGAUCAAAUGUUUGGUUUGCGUGACAAUUUCGCACAUGAUGGUGGCGAUAAAAGACGGAAAAAUUGUGAGACUCAACUGGAAUGGCACCGAGGAGCGAGAUUAUACGUUGGAAUUGAAUCGUACGCCUUUUAGUAUCAAUCAGCAAGUUUCUUCGGCGACUCCAAUUUUCGAUCCGGGCAUUUUUGUUGUGUCGAUUGACUAUUCGCCGCUACUUGGGGGCUUCGCAAUUGUCUUAAAUGAUGGUAGAGCGGCAUUUUUAACAGCCCCAAACCUCAAAUUUGAUCCGAAUCAGGUGCAAGGGAUAUGGGCCCCGAAUGUCGAUGAUGCCAGUUGUAUCUCAAUUAACCAUAAAUAUCGCUUGAUUGCUGUCGGAAGGAAGAAUUCGCAUGUUUGUGUCUUCACAAUUGAUGAUUUAACGGGCGCCCUUGAACUUUCUCACACAAUGGUCUUGAGUAGCAAGGAUUUUCCGGGGAGUCCCGAUUCGGUGAAGCAAAUUAAAUGGACUCCGGAUGGUUGUGCUGUCAUUGUUUCAUGGGAAAAGGGCGGAUUUUCGCUCUGGAGUACUUUUGGCAGCAUGUUAACAUGUAGUUUAGCCUGGGAUUACGGUUUGGUGUCGUCAGCAACGUCUCUCGGGCAAUAUUUUAACAUUUCUUGCAUGGAUUGGUCUUGCGAGGGAUACCAACUGAUGAUCAUCCGACAAACCUUGGAAGAAGGAAGACCUCAUACGGAGCUUCUUCAACUGGAUUUCAUCAAAAGUGCACUAAGUGUCAACCCCUGUGUCAGUUUAAACCCCUUUUUGCUACUCCAGGGCGACGAUAAAAUCCUCAUAAAUCACAACGAAACCCUUGAAACAAUUUACCAUCACAAUUCCACGUACAACGAACUCAUGAUCAACAAUGACGAUCCCUCCCUGACGUCGCCUGAUGCGGAUUUAAGUCAAUUAGACAACUUCGAAAUCAAGUCAAUUUACAGCACGAGUUUCCUUUCGGCAUCGAAGCAUUGGAUCUCGGUUAUGGUACCGACAGCUUACACGAAUGCCAAUUGGCCUGUUAGGUUUUCGGCCCUGGAUAAGUCGGGGAAUAAUCUUGCAGUUGCGGGAAGGACGGGAUUGGCGCUUUAUUCACUGACAACGAGGAAAUGGAAGCUGUUUGGAAAUGAGACGCAAGAAAAGGAUUUUGUUGUUACCGGAGGACUCGUUUGGUGGAAUGAAUUUGUGAUUUUGGGCAAUUAUUCGCUUGUUAAUCAGAAUGAUGAGAUCCGGAUUUACUCGAGAGAUCAAAAGUUGGAUAAUAAGUUUGCGAAAAUUUUUGAGGUUUCGGCUUCGGUGAUGCUGAUGAACAUUUAUGAGGAUCAAUUGAUUGUUUUUACGGCGGAUAGUUGUAUUACGAUUUUUUGUUUGAUUGUUGGAGAUGAUCGGUCGUUGGAGUUGUUGCGGUUGCAGGUUUAUGACAUCAAAAACAUCUGCAUCCAUCCCGCUUUCGUUGCCUCAAUUUUCCUGACAAAUCUCAAGCAUGACAGCAUCUCAAAAGUCAACCAAUCCGGCAGUCAAAUGAUUCCCGCAGAAACGAUCGUUCUCAACGUUGCCGGACGCGUUCUCAUGAUCCAAAAGGAAAGCAACGGCAAUUCGUGCGAACUCAUGACAACUUGUCUCGCUUCCUGCGUCGAAUGCAUCUGGUUUUUCGUCGAUUUCCCGGCAAUCACGAAGAAACUCCAUCUGAAAGAAUCCCUUUGGUUGUAUUGCGGCGGACACGGAAUGCGCGUUUGGCUUCCCGUAUUUCCACGUGAGUUCGAUGGGCAUCGCAGUCAUCGUCACACCUUCAUGGCGAAACGAAUUAUGCUCUCGUUCGAGUUGAAAAUUUACCCGUUGGCGAUUUCGUUCGAAGAAGCGAUCAUUUUUGGCGCCGAAACAGACACGGUUUUGUACACGAACGAUCAAACGUCGCAUUUUUCGCUCCCAUUUUCGACUUUGAAACGAACGAGUCAAGUUUAUUUGCAUCAAAUUCUGAAGCAACUGAUUAAGAGGAAUCUCGGUUACAAUGCGUGGGAAAUUGCACGAAGCUGUUCGACUCUUCCGUACUUCCCGCAUUCCCUCGAGUUGUUGUUGCACGAAGUUUUGGAGCAAGAAGCGACGAGUAAAGAGCCCAUUCCUGACGCUUUGUUGCCGAGCGUGAUUGAAUUCAUUCAGGAAUUUCCCGUUUAUCUGCAAACUGUCGUUCAGUGCGCGCGAAAAACGGAAAUUGCGCUUUGGCCGUAUUUGUUUGCGACAGCGGGCAAGCCAAAGGAGCUCUUUCAGCAAUGCAUGGCGAACAAACAACUUCACACGGCGACCAAUUAUCUCAUUAUUCUGCAGAAUUUGGAGUCGAGUACCAUUUCGAAGCAAUAUGCGACACUGUUGUUAGAUGCCUCCUUGGAGCAAAAAAAUUGGAACUUAUCACACGAUUUGGUGCGUUUCCUCAAAGCGAUCGAUCCGAAUGACACAGAUUCCCCUCGUACCUCCUUCGUAUUAGGCGGCAAACUCUUCUCCAAUGCUCAAUCGCCUCCCGUAAACCCCGACGACGAAGACCUCAGUCUCAUUUUGACUCACAUGACGCCCCGCAACAGCUUCCAGAAGAACUUCAAGCGAACCGACAGCAAUAAACCUCUCAUCAUGAGUCCAAAUUCCGUCGAAGACAAGCGUCGCGAGUCGGGAGCAACAUCACCUACCCUAAAAAACCCGAAAAAUCGCACGUUUGAAGAUUUAUUCAUCGACCCCAUUUUAUUCCGACAUCUAAAAAUCCUCUUGGAACAAAUGGAUUUCCAAAAUUUGGGCUACAUGAGUGCCGCAUUGGAUAUUCAGCUGGUCACGUGGUUGUCCAAAGAGAAGGAAAAACUCCCAAAAAUCGAUGAUUUUGUGCAAGCGUUGAAAAAAUUGCAUGCAACCCUGGAUUGGCCCAAACCGUCGUUGAAUCUAAAGUUGGAUGGCACGCCUGACAUGGAAAUGCGCGGAGAUCAGAGCCCGGGAUCGCCGAGUGGAUCAAAAACGCUUCAAAGCUCGAAUCAGUCGAGUGUGUUGGAAAGUCGGGAUUCGGGUUACAGCAGUACGUUCCUUCAAGCGAUGGAAACGGCGAACAUGACGAUGCCGAUUCGCGAAAAAAACGAAGAAGAUGUCGAUAGCGUUUUGUCCGAAAUGACUGCCGUUUGGGAAAACGAACUUGUGCAUCAUCAUCAGGAAGCGGCAUUGCCAAUUAAUCACAUUCCCGCCAAAAAAUCCAAAAAACUCGAGGUUCAGAUGCGUUACAUGCUCCAAAUUUUCACCGAAGCGAAUUGUUUGGAUUUUUCGCUCCUUCUCUCGAUUCUCCUCUUAGACUCAACUUCCGUGUCGCGAGUUUGUCACGCGGCAAUUCGAUCUGCGUCCCUCUCAAUUUGUCGCCAACUCAAAAACGGCUUGAAAGAUCUCACCCGAUGGAGUUUCAACGAGUGUUUGGGCUAUCGAGCCUUCAUGCUUGGCUGCAGUGAGGAAAUUGCGUCGCUUGAUCGAUUCGUCACCCAACAAGAAUCGAUUCCGGAUUUGCCGCCAAAUAUUUAUCCGAAUGGCAAUGAAGGCGCAGGCGGAAGUUUGUUGGAAAAAACGCCCGUUUUGCUGUCGAGAAGUGCGUCGUUGGAGAAUGGCGUAAGGAAAAUUUCCUUGGGCAAAAGUGAGACUCUCAAAAAAUACGUAAAUCAAGCAGCGACGAGCGAUGUCGGAAAGUUGUCGGAUGAGGAUAAGAGAAAUCCGUUGAGGAAAAUGGAAUCGAGUCCGCAACUCAUGCAGGAGCAACACGAGCCUUCCAUUGAUCAAGAUACGUCCAAUUGUGCAAUUAUGUAAAAAAAAAGUAAAAAAGGCAAAUGAAUUAACAUUCUUGUUCGAAAUAUUGAUCAACAAAAAAAAAUUUUUUUUUUCAUGAA